AUGAUGGCGAUGAUGAUGACUGGCCGUGUGCUGCUGGUGUGUGCCCUCUGCGUGCUGUGGUACGGUGCCGGCGGUUGUGCUGAGGAGAGUGCAGGUGGAGUUCUGCCUGGUGCGUCUGGGGGUGGCGCUAAGAGUUUGCAGGGAUCACAACCAAUUGUACCGGAGGUGUUGAAAAACUCAGAUUUAAAAGCAUCAGAUAUUAACGACAAAACCGAAGAAACGCUUAUAAAAGUGUCUUUGGCCGAACAAGAAGAAAUUUCUGAUGAUGAUGAUGAGGGAGAGGAUGAAGAAGAAGGACCAUCUCCACCAACACCACCAAAAGGAGGAGGAGUACAGCCACAAGCCAAUAAUGGAAAACUGAAAAAAGCAAAUGAAAGUGAACCGCAAAAAGAAAAUCAACGCCACGUCGAAGUUGAAAGACAAAAUCCAUCAGAAAAAGAAACGGUUGUUGAUGAAGCGGAAGGAACCAACGAAAAAGAAGCAAUCGGACUACAGCCGCAACAACAAAAAAUUCCAGUCCGAGAACAGGAUACAAGAAAUGGAGAAGGAAAUCAACCGACGCAGGGAAAUGAAGAACAAACAAUCGUUGAAGAAAUAACACCACAUAAUCCCACAGAAGACCAUUCUUCGGGAGAACACAAAGGCAGUGAUGGUUCUAAAGAAAUGGAAGAAGGGGAAGAAGGCGGUGUUGAGGGUUAUGAAGGAAGAAAUGAAAGGCAUCGGGAUCAAGUCAGGGAAGAAGCUGUACAUGCCGCAGGUACCCCGAAAUUAAACUCAACUGAUAUUCAGCAGGAAGUACAACGCACACAUGCAGGAGAAACUCCGACAGGAAUCAAACAAAAGGCUGAAGAAGAAAAAGAUGAUGAAACAGAAGCGGAACGAGAACAACAAAAGAAACAACACCAAGGGAAUCCUACAGACAAAAAACAAGAAUUCACAAGUGGUGCAAACGCCACUAAUAAAAUAAACACGACGCCUGGCGACAGUGACGGCAGCACCGCUGUCUCCCACACCACCUCUCCUCUUUUGUUUCUUCUUCUUGUUGCGUGUGCUGCUGCUGCUGUGGUGGUGGCCGCGUGA